AGACGGAGCAGAAAGCCUUACGUUUUACCUUAAGGUUUUAUUAAGAUCUCUUCAUUAUAGCGUCGUUUGUGCUUCAUCUUAUUCACAUCUCACACGAGCCUGGGCUGAUAACAAAUAACUCUUCGACUUGAUUCAGCUCCAGGCAGCGAAAAUGAUACAAUUUCAAAAAAAUCUCUUAAAUAUAAUAACUUAAGUUUAAGGAGACUCGAGUGGAAGUUUUCUCUUUGCAGUCAGAUAAAAAUGCCUCUACAACUUCUUGAGGGGAUGACCAGCAGGAAGAGAAGACCGAACUGGACAGACCAGGAGUGUCUCCUUCUCGCCCAGUUAAUGCAGGAGAGGAGGGAGAUAAUCAGAGGGAAGUGCAGCACUGGAAUAUCAGUACAAGACAAGAGACAAGCCUGGGAGGAAAUCACCCAAGCCAUCAACACCGCCUUUCCACAGAUUCAGCGCACAGUGUCUGACUGCAACAAAAAGUGGGAAAAUCUGCUGGCAAAGUCGAGAGAGGAGAUCAAACGACAGAGAAGGCAAGCAGAUACAGAUGAAGGUAUGUCCCUUGAAGAGUUCAGCACUGUGACCCAAAUAGUGAUUUCUGUGAUGAACCUCUCGGAUAUGCUGCAACAAGAUCGAGAGGACUCUUCACUGUCAGACUUUGUGGAAACUCCUCAAAACAGCUGUGAUCAAAAUGGAAAGGACCACAGAAGUGAUGAAGGUUUCCCAAACAAACGUCCACUGACCGACCACGAGUUCCUCUCCUAUCAACAUCCAUCCACUUCUCCAGCAGAGCAAAAAUAUUCUGCUUUCACAAAUAUUCCUAAAUCCCUCGCAGUACAGUUCAGUACUCCCCAUUCCUCCAACUUUACUGCCUCUGGAGAACACUCGUAUACUCCUGGCUCUACUUCUCCAACCUCAGUGCACUGCACAACUUUGCAAGAACGAAUGGAUUUGGAAAUGUCUGUGCUGCGAAGACAAGAGGCUGUCCUCAAGCUGCAAGAGGAAUAUUACACGCUAAAAAUUAAGCUGAUGAAAAAGAAAAUGGAAGAGCCACUUGAAAAGGACUAACACAAUAGUAGAAAACUCAGCUGCAUCCUUAUGUGACUCUCUGCCUGUGAAAUGUGUCUCGUGAAAAUCUAAUGAGUGUUAUGAUUUGUCAGUUUUACAGUUGAAAUCUGUAAUGGUUUGUGUAGUAGGGAGGAGGGAGACACCAAAAACACUUAAUUCAGGGUGAAGACUCAUUCCAUUUUCUGCUGUUGUGAAACUCUCAUCAGGUUUGUCCCAUUAUGCUGAAUAAUAAUCUUCAUGUGACCCGAUCUGUUGGUCACAGGUAAAAUAAAAGUCUGAGGAUAUUCUGCAUCCACCAAGUUCUGUGUUGUUUUGUUUCCAAAUGAAUGUGUUUGUCAAUGACUCAGAUUGUAUUCAAUAUUUAUUCCUGUACUGGUCAAUACAGUAUUGUAUUUUCUGUCUGUCUGUACAGUCACCCAGUAUUGUGAGGAUGUUUGAGUGAGGAAAUGUUUUUUGUUGUGUUUAUCUUCAGUGAUUAUGACUGUCCAAUCUUUGUGCAACACUGUUAUGCAUCAUUACAUCUCACAGAAUACAAUACAUCAUGUUUGUAUUGUAGCACAAUGAAAGUAUAGGGAUUCAUUAUGUUAUACCUCACAUUAUUACCACUUCGGUGUCAUAUUGAAAAAAGAAACAGAAAAAUUACUGCAGAGUAAUAAAAUGAAAACUGUUCUGAGUCGUAUUUGAUUUAAACAAAUGUGACCAUCUAGAGUAAAGUGGUCCAGUGUAAAUCAGUUGUUGCUUGAAUACAUGAGUACGUUUGGAUUGGAAACACAGACCAGCUUUUGAUUGGAGCUUAUGUCAUAAGUGUUGAUAUAUGAGUUUAAAAUCCUCUGUGUUGACAGAUGACGUGUUAAUAAAUAGGCUAAUGCAUCAUGCUAUAUACACUUACUGUAGAAUUUCACAUACUAAAUUGUGUAAUUCUUGAAAUUGAUUUAUAUUUUGUAGAAAGCAUAAUUUGUGUUUGUCCUGGCUUGAAAUUCCAAUUCAUUGGUGUAGCUUUACACUGUGAGAUAUUUUGUUUAUUUACUGAUUCCUGCCAUUUACUCCUAAGUGCAAAUUUGAAAGCUGUAAAUGUUUGACAUAUACCAAUAAACAUAUUUAUGAAAAUUGAACUUGAUCCUGCCAGUGAAAGUAAAUCCAAACUAAUGUCCUGUCUAGACAAAUGUAGUUAUUUGUGCGUAAUAUUCCUCAUAAAUCCAUUUAUUUGUAAGUGACUGGCGUUGGCACUCAGAUCUAAGUGGUGGGGGC